AAAUGAACCAAACCGAACCGUUACACCUACAAGUGACAUCUCAAUAACACCCAAAUUCACUUUUGGUCUCUCUAUCACGCGAAACACAGUAGCUUGCUUGUUGUCUUGCAUACCCAACCAACCAACCAACCGUGUUCACCAGAUCUCACUCCGUUUGUUUCAACACAGAAGACAAAAAUGGCGGUGAUGUCUGUUCAUCAAUUCGCUCAAUGCAUCACUUGUCACGCUUGGAGUCCCGAUCAAUCUAUGGUCGCAUUUUGUCCAAACAAUAAUGAAGUUCACAUCUAUAGAUUGGUCGAAGACAAAUGGGAAAAGGUGCAUGUUCUUCAAAAGCAUGAUCAGGUAAUAUCUGGGAUAGACUGGAGUGCAAGAUCAAAUAGAAUAGUUACUUCAUCCCACGACCGGAAUUCAUAUGUCUGGAACCUUGAAGGAUCAGAAUGGGUACCAACUCUUGUUAUCCUUAGGCUAAACCGUGCUGCUCUUUGUGUGCAAUGGAGUCCAAAAGAAAACAAGUUUGCAGUGGGAAGUGGUGCCAAAACUGUUUGUAUAUGCUAUUAUGAGCAGGAAAACAACUGGUGGGUUAGCAAACUUAUCAGGAAAAGGCACGAUUCUUCAGUGACAAGCGUUUCAUGGCAUCCCGAUAAUAUUCUUCUUGCGACAACAUCCACGGAUGGGAAGUGCAGAGUAUUUUCCACCUUUAUAAAAGGUGUAGAUGCAAAGGAUUCAAAAAAGAGUACAUCUGAUAUGAAAUUUGGAGAGUUGAUUGUUCAGCUUGAUCUCUCAUCAUCUUGGACAUUCGGAGUCAAGUGGUCACCAAGUGGCAAUACUCUAGCUUAUGUAGGUCAUAAUUCAAUGAUAUAUUUUGUUGAUGAUGUGGGUCCUUCUCCUUUGGCCCAGAAUGUCGUGUUCCGUGAUUUGCCUCUCCGUGAUGUAUUAUUUGUUUCUGAGAGAACGGUAAUAGGUGUGGGAUAUGAUUGUAACCCGAUGGUUUUUGCUGCAGAUGAAAGAGGAGUUUGGGGUUUUGUCAGGUAUCUUGGAGAGCGGAAGACAGUAUCAUCUGGAUCAAGAUAUGGCUCACAGUUCUCUGAAGCAUUUGGGAAGUUUUAUGGCCAAUCCAAGUAUGGUGUGGGAAACGAUGCUGUUGAAACUUCAAAAACACGUGGAGCAGUUCAUGAUAACUGUAUAAAUUCUAUCAUACCUCUUGGUGAGCAUGGAACAUUGACAAGGCGUUUUAGCACAUCAGGAUUGGAUGGAAGAAUUGCUGUAUGGGAUUUGGAAAAUGAGCAGGACCUUCUUGAAUUAUAAGCUUAUUAGUAAAUUGUCCCAUCUGGGUAAAAUCUCUAAACGAUAUUGUCGCGUUGUAGAUUUAAUUUGGCUGUGAGCAAUUGGAAGUGGUCAAGGCUUGAAAGUAUCUGAUAUCAGCCUCUAAAACUAGAAUGUGUAUAAAAUUUUACCUGUAUGAUGUCAUAGUCUCGUAUUCUAUAUGUUUAGACUAUUGUGUAAUUUCAUGCAAUGAAGGACUAGAAGUUAUAUAACCAAUGGUCUAGAAAUUAUCAGUUUUGUAAACUUUAACAAACACUAAGGUGCAUCACAGGUUAUCCAUGAGUGCUUGUUCAACUC